AUGCCCGAGGCACCUCUUUCGCAGGGUGUGGGCUAUGGCAUGCUCGUGGGCGUUGGGUUGGCCUUCGCCUUUGGUGCCGCCUUUGUGACGAGAAUGCUGAAGAUCUAUGCGAACGAAGAUAACAAGCACUCUGAAAUGUUUAUGACUGCCAAUCGUUCCGUGGGCACCGGCUUGACAGUCACAGCGGUGAUAUCUUCUUGGGCUUGGUCGACGGCGCUGUUAUCCAGCACGGCCUUCGGCUAUCUCUUUGGCGUCGCAGGCCCUUUGUGGUACGGCGCCGGGAACAUUGUGCAAAUCGGCCUGUUCUCGGUUCUUGCCAUCCAGACAAAGCUGAAGAUUCCCGCCGCUCACACGCUCCUGGAGAUCGUCCGCGUUCGAUACGGCACGGUCGCCCAUUGCGUGUGGAUCUUCCUCUGCCUGGCUAACAACAUUGUUGCCGUAUCGAAUAUGCUUGUCGGGGCUUCGUUCGCGGUCAAUGCUUUGACGGGUGUUCAUAUUGUGGCCGCGACUCUCCUGCUGCCUCUGGGCGUGGUCUUUUACACUGUCCUAGGCGGUAUCAAGGCGACAUUUAUCACAGACUAUUUGCACUCGUUCAUCCUUCUACUCUUGAUCGUCAUCUUCUCUGUCAGAGUCUUCACAAGCGGAAUCGUUGACAGCCCCGGCCAGCUGUAUGACAUGAUUGUGGAGGCCAGCAAGAAGGCACCCAUGGCGAGCAACCAGGAUGGCUCCUAUCUCACCGUUCACAGCCCGCUUGCAGCGCGCUUUGCGUUGUCCCAGCUGUUGGGCAACUUCGGCUUGUGUAUUAUGGACACUGGUUUCUGGCAGAAGGCCUUUGCCGCCGAUAUUUCCGCUGCCGUGCCAGGCUACCUUCUUGGUGCUGUGGGCUAUUUCUCCAUCCCUUGGACUUUGGGAACCAUCAUUGGAGUAGGAGGGAUUGCUUUUCAAUACGUACCCAAAUUUCCAGUCAAGCCCAUGAGUGCAUCUGACAUCAACAACGGUUUGAUCCUGCCUUAUACCGCACAGGCCAUCCUAGGCACCGGUGGAGCAGGAGCAGUGCUGACCAUGAUCUUCAUGGCCGUAACCUCCACCACGAGUGCGCAGCUCAUCGCCGUCAGCAGUAUUGUCAGCUUCGACAUCUUCAAGACCUAUAUCAAGCCUCACGCAAAGGACCACGAAAUCAUUCGCGUCGCUCACCUGGGCGUCAUUGGAUUUGCCCUCUUUGCCGGCGGCUUUUCCAUCAUGCUCUACUACAUCGGUUUGUCUCUGGCUUGGUUGGAUUAUUUCCUCGGGGUGGUGACCUGUCCCGGAAUCAUUCCCACCGUGCUCACGGUUUUGUGGAAGGGUCAGACCAAGACCGCCGCCAUUGUCUCUCCGGUUCUCGGCAUGAUUACCGGGUUUGCGGUCUGGCUCGGAGCGACCAAGGCACUGUACGGCGUUGUCAAUGUGGACACCAGUGGUUCGCAGCUUUCUUGCAUGUACGGGGUCAUCGCUUCCUUCGUAUCGCCGGCCAUAUAUACUGUUACCAUCUCGCUUAUCAAGCCUGAAUCGUUCGACUGGAACAAGUUUUUCGAAGUUGAGCUGAUCACCGACGACCUCAACGCCGAUGAGAUAGAAGCAAAUAGACGAUCCCAGGCCCUCAGCCCGGCCAUGAUCAAGAAGAUGAAAAAGAUGAGCAAGCUUGCGGCUAUCGCUGGCGUUUCUAUGUUCGUUGGCGUCUGGGUUAUUUGGCCGUAUGCCAUGUACGGUUCACGCUACGUCUUUUCGAAGAAGUUCUUCACCGGAUGGAUCGUAAUGUGCAUCAUCUACGCCUUUUUCACCUUCUUCCUCGUCACCUUCUAUCCCCUUUGGGAUGGCAGACACCAGCUCAAGGUCAUCAUACUCGGCCUUGUUGGGAAGAAAAGCCCCGUGCGGGGCAAGUCGCUGGAACACGAGCACAUUGGAGAGGAGCCUGCAUUCCUGGAACCACGGGACACCGAGACAAAGGAUAUGAUGGUCUCUGACAAGGAGGAAAUCAUGGAGAAAUAG